AUGUCAUUCACCAUCGCGAUCCGUCAAGGGCCAACGCGCCUGGCGAACAAGCUGCCUGUGCUCACCAAAACCGCCUUCAGAAGCAGUGCGCCUGCGCGUGCAUUUCAUCAAUCAUCGACAAAGUCGUGGAGCUUCUUCACGCCGAAAACUGCCAUCUCUCCAAUCCUUCGAUCGGCGCCCCGGAAUGCCUUCGCACGGCAGACGCGAUUCUACCAGUCUCAGGCACCGCCCGUCGAUUCCGGCUCGUUCAUGAAGAAGUUGCUCACUGGAGGCGCCAUCUUUGGUGGAACGCUUGUAGCUGUCAAUAUUGUCUUCAACCGCGAGACUCGUGAUGAUGGCGGCAUGCCUGCUUUUGAGCGAGAAUACCUCAACUCGACUUUCUUGCAUACGGGUCUGGGCAUUGGAAUCAUCGGCUUGACUGCCCGCCAGAUGGUCCAGUCUGGUUUUGUCUACAGACUGAUGGUGACGAACCCCUGGGUUUUCGCCAUCGGUGGUCUAGCUCUUAGUUUCGGUACUAUGAUGGGAACCCGUAUGGUCGACCCUGACAACUACCUGCCAAAAUACGCCCUCUGGACUGCGUUCAACGCCACCCAAGCCGCGUUUGUCGCACCUCUGCUCGCCUUUGCCCCUGGUGCCCUGAUUGCCCGCGCUGGUCUUUAUACCGUGGCCAUGAUGGGCUCCAUCUCGUUUGUCGGUGCAACUGCGAAACAAGAGAAGUACCUGUACAUUGGCGGCCCUCUCCUCGCGGGUGCUGCCAUCGUCGCCGUCUCCGGGCUCGCCCCGCUCGUCAUCCCUGCCACGGCUGCCCGAACAUUAGCUAUGACUGAGAACAUCUGGUUGUACGGUGGUUUGGCAGUCUUUGGCGGAUUCACCCUGUACGAUGUCCAGAAGAUUCUGCACCACGCGCGACUGGCGGAGCGGGGUGUCAUCAAGAAGGACCCUGUCAAUGAAAGCAUCUCUCUCGAGCUGGACUUCCUCAACAUCUUCAUCAGAAUGGUUCAGAUCUUGAUGAUGCAACAAAACCGACGCAAGUAA